AUGGCAGAAAGAAUGUUAUUCUUGGGAAAGUUGAAAGAAGCGGCCAGUAAAAAUAAAGAAAAUGAGGAUCAACAAGAUUUAACUAAUAGUGAACAAGAAAGUACCGAUAAACAUAAAAGCAGUUUGCCGUUAAAUGAAAGAAGUUGCGAUGAAAAUGUCGAAAAUGAUAUAAAUUAUAAUAACACAUCAGGUAAUAAUUCAGAAGAAAAUAAAUUGAUUUUGCGACAAAGAUCACCAUCCACAUCGUCAUCCUCAUCUUCUAGCUCAUCUUCCUCGACUUCCAGCUCAUCUUCCUCGUCUUCUAGCUCGUCUUCUUCCAGCAAUAGAGCAAUAAAAGAAUGUAAUAAAGAAUCCAAUAACAUGAUAAGUUUAAAUGAAAAAGAACUCCACGGCCAUAGCCUAGAAAAUAAAACCAAAGGAAAUAUGGUAAGUAUAGAAUCAGUAAAUAAUAAUAUGAAAGAUGAGACUGCAGUAGAAAGUAAUUUACAAAUAGAAAGUGAACCAAAAGGUAUUGAAUUGACCAAUAUGAAUGCUCAAAGUGAAGAAGGAAAGGAAGAAAGAGAUUUUUCAUCUGAUGAUAGUAUCGCAGAUCCUAAUUAUCACAUUGAAAAUAAUGAUUUAUCGUCAGAUUCGGAUGAAACAGUAGAACAGAAUGAAAAAGAAAAUAUUUCACGUGAAUCAAACCAAAAUAUUACACGUAAGAGGAAAAUGAAGCCAGAACUUUGGAAAACGAAUGUAGCAAAACGCCUACAAAAUGCAGGGAAAGAAUAUGUAGGUAAAAAUAAUAAAGUUAUACGAGAGAGACGAAUAGGACCAGGAUGUACAGAAAAAUGUAAGUUAAAGUGUAACACAAAGUUUAAUGAUGAGACUCGACGCCAUAUUUUUGACGCAUAUUAUAAAUUACCUGAUUUGCAAAGUAAAAGAACUUUUGUAGCAUUCAAUAUGUCCUCUAUUGUCCCGACGUAUCAAUAUAAAAAAGGAACACGUCGAAAUAAUAACGCAUUUUAUUUGAAAGAUAAAGAUGGCGAAAAAAUUCGAGUUUGUAAGAGUUUUUUUAUGUCUACGCUGGAUGUAUCUGAUAGAUUUAUUCGAACAGUUACCGAAAAAUCAAGAAGUGACGUUUCAGGCAUUAUUGUAGAGGAUCUGCGAGGAAAACAUAGCAAUCACAGUCGUGUAGAUAAUAAGAUUAAAGAUAGUUUGAGAAAUUUCAUUGAGGCGAUACCAAAAAUAGAAAGCCAUUACUGUCGAGCAGAUACGCGGAAAAAAUAUAUUGAUGGAAGUAAGUCUAUUGCAGAAAUUUAUAGAGAUUAUGUGAAACAGUGUGAAGAAGGAUCAGUGCGAAGAUUGUGUUGCCUACAAAAACGCAACUGGAGAAGAUAAAAAUCGACUAAAGUCUAAAUAUGAGAACCAUCUAAAAGAAAAAGAGCUUUCAAGAAUAGAGAAGGUUAAGGACAAGCAAGAAGCAGAAGAUAAAGAAUCAACUAUUGUAGCAGUUUAUGACUUACAGGCUGUGAUGCCAUGUCCUAGGGGGGAUGUGUCUAAUUUUUACUAUGUUUCUAAAGUGAAUACCUUAAACUUUACGAUCUAUGAGAUGAAAAAUAAAAAUGCGAUCUGCUACGUGUGGCAUGAAGGAGAAGCAAAUAGAGGAGCUAUAGAAAUAGGGACCUGUCUUUUAGAAUAUUUAAAAAGUCUUGGCAGAGAUGUAACAACUGAAGCCAAACUAGAUAUUAUUUUUUAUUCUGAUAACUGCUGCGGACAGCAAAAGAAUAAAUUUAUUAUUAGUAUGUACAUGUACGCUGUUUCUACUUUUGCUCAUAUAAAUAGUAUCACACAUAAAUUUCUAAUCAAAGGGCACACUCAAAAUGAAGGUGACAGUGUGCAUUCUGUCAUUGAAAGAAGCAUCAAAAAGACUUUGAAAUCGGGCCCAAUCUAUACACCGGAUCAGUACAUUUCAAUUAUUCGCACUGCAAAAAAGAAAGGAUCUCCUUACAAAGUCAUCGAAAUGGAUCAUAAAAGUUUUUACGAAUUAAAGUCACUAGCUUCUGACGUGGGUAGAAAUUUUAAUAAAAAUACUGAUAAUGAGGGUGUGAAAAUGACAGAUAUAAAGGUUUUAAAAGUAGAUGCUGACCACAAAGGGUUCUUUUUCUAUAAAACAUUUUACAGUGAAAAUGAAUUUAAAUGCGUGAAAGUUACUAACCGUGCAUCAAAAUCUUUGGACGAAAAUUACAAAUUGCAACCUGCUUAUAAAAAAAGCAACGGAAUCUCAGAAAAUAAGAAGCGAGGACUGAUAGAUUUAGUUAACAAAAAUAUAAUUCCAAACUAUUAUCGUCAAUUUUAUGAGGGGUUGUAAAAUAAAUGAUUUAUUUUACUUACCUAUAUUUCCUUUUAAGAAUUACUGUUCCUAUUUUUUGACUUUUUUCAUUACUUAUUUUGAAGAAUUCAAGUUUAUUUUGAUUUCAUUUUUUUUGAAAAACAAUGUUUUUAAUACCUAAAUAUAAAGUUACUAUUGUAUGUUAUAAAACUAUUUUAAUUUGUUAUACUAUAUUAUAAGUACAAAAGUUUUAAACACUGUUGUAAGUUUUAACUUGUAUUUUAAAGAGGCUUUAAAGCUUAAUAAAUGACAUAAGUUGAUUUUUAUAAUUUGGAGUCUCAUGAAUAAAGACUGAUGUCUGAAACCCCCCUUUGUAUGACGAUUUUUUAAAUAAUUUUAAUAAAAGUUCUAAAAUGUUUUUAUGUUUUUUGAUACUACGAUAAAUUUUCCUUCAAUCAGUAAAGUCGAUCUCUCAAUAAAUCAUAAACAUUUUGCGGUAUGCACUAAAAUAUUUACAAGGAAAUUAAAAAAUGCUAUUCUCUAAAAUCAAUAAUUUUUAGUUCCGUCGCUAUUCUCGCAAACCAGCGAUGUG